CGGAUCUUGACGCUGUUCGACGGUUAUACCACGGCGCGGAGCUUUCACGGUACAAAAGUGAAUGACUUCAGCAGUGCCUGACCAACUGCAUUUCGCACAUUCAGUUUUCUCUCCCUCUCGAUAUUUUUGAUCUACUAUCUGUGCCGUUUUUUACAUUCAAAGUGAUUUGAAUGCUAUCAGUGCACCAGGCAGAUCCAGUUCAGUAAAGCAGGGACAAUUGUAAGCUACCUAUGUAUAAAUUCAUUUGCUCCGCGUUCUUUCUCUGUUGCUGCGCUAAGCAUUUUCAACUACAUCAAGAAGGGUGAGUGAAAACGGAGCCUUUUCAAGGGAACACUACGUCUACAUUCGUUCAAUUCUACAUUAUUUUCACGAGGAAAAAAGAGAAUGGAAAAGGCUUCUGUCUGUACGCGGUCCGGCUGCAUACCAGACCUCUGCACUCCCCAAUGGAUUUAAGAAAAUUAUUAUUUGUUCAUCACCUCUGACAGUUUGGAUGCGGAGUGUGCGUUUGCUGUUUUACGGUAUAAAGUAGUCAAAUAAAAAACAUUGGGCUUCUUUGCAAAAUAAUCGCGCAUUGUAUUGCUAGCAACAUUCGGCUACUGCGUUUUUUUCUUCCAAUGCGUACUUAAAAAGCCGAGAAACAGGACAAAGCAGCGGACUGAAUAUCUUUUUUUCUAUCUGCAUGUAGUUUAUUUCCUGCGGUACUUAAAAAACUCCGAAAAUAUAUAGCUAACAAAUAGGCUGCACGUAAACAUCUACAGCCCAGCGGAAGCACGGAACCAAAGCGGGAAACGCAAGCUCAUGUGGAAAAAACAGGCAACCUGCACCGAGGCCCAGCCCACAAAUCGGAGGCGGGCCCUGUGAUGCUGCGUGGAAACUCAUUGACCACUCUCCUAGACUGACGGCUUCCUGAGUCCCACCAUGGAUUAGAGACCUGAGCUUCUGGAGGUCAAAGGUGGCUGUGACAGGGGGACCCCCAGGGCAGGACCCAUGAGGAGUCAUAGAAGAUGCUCGCAGCCUGGGCGCCUCUGCUCCUCUUAGCCAUGUGUGUGAGAGGAACCUCCAGCAGCCCACUUUCCCUGAGAAUCGCUGCCAUUUUGGAUGACCCCAUGGAGUGCAGCCGGGGGGAGCGUCUGGCCAUCACAUUGGCCAAAGAGGGCAUCAACCGGGCCAGCAACCGUUCCACUACGGGCAAGCUGGAGGUGGACAUCUUUGAGCUACUGAGGGACAGCGAGUAUGAGACAGGCGAAACCAUGUGCCAGAUUGUAUCCAAGGGAGUGGUAGCAGUCUUGGGCCCGUCCUUCAGCCCGGCCUCCAACUCCAUCAUCAGUAACAUCUGUGGUGAGAAAGAGGUGCCCUACGUGAAGGUGGCCCCGGAGGACAUCCUGAAAGCGCAGUUCCCGCGCUUCACCACGCUCGACCUGCGCCCCACCAACACGGACGUCAGCCUGGCCGUGGCGGGACUCCUCACCUUCUUCAACAGCUCCUCCGCCUGCCUCGUCUGUGCCUCGGCUGACUGCCUGAUGAACCUGGAGCGAUUGCUCCGUCAGUUCCUCAUCUCCAAGGAAACGCUGUCGGUGCGUAUGCUGGACGACAGCCAGGACCCAACGCCGAUCCUCAAGGAGAUUCGCGAUGACAAGACCGCCACCAUCAUUGUGGAUGCCAACAUCACCAUGUCCCACAUCAUGCUGGAGAGGGCCUCGGAGCUGGGGAUGCUCUCCGUCUACUACACUUACAUAUUCACGACUCUGGAGUUUUCUAUGCUGCAGUUGGACAACAUGGCUGACCAGCGGGUCAACAUUGUGGGCUUCUCUGUGUUCAACCACAGCCACCCCUUCUUCCAGGACUUCCUCCUCAGCCUUAACCGCUCUUGGCAGGAGAACUGCGACCAUGCCCCCUUCGCUGGGCCACCGCUGUCCUCGGCGCUGAUGUACGAUGCAGUACACACAGUGGUGGCGGCCGUCCAGCAGCUCAACCGCAGCCAGAACGUCGGUGCAACACAGCUCUCCUGCAAGUCCUCCAAAAUCUGGGAGCACGGCACCAGCCUGAUGAACUACCUGAGGAUGGUAGAAUUGGAUGGUCUAACCGGGCACAUCGAAUUCAACAGCAAAGGCCAGCGCUCCAACUACGUCCUGAGGAUCAUGCGGCACAGCAGAGAAGGGCUAAGGCAGAUUGGCCAGUGGCAUUCCGAACAUGGACUGUACAUGGAGAAGAAGCUGCAUUCUCUCAACGUGACGGACACUCUCUUCAAUGCCACCCUCACCAUCACCACCAUCCUUGAGAACCCUUACGUGAUGCUGCGGUCGAACCACCAGGAGCUGGAGGGGAACGAGCGCUACGAGGGCUUCUGCGUGGACAUGCUGCGAGAGCUGGCCGACAUCCUCAAGUUCAACUACCACAUCCAGCUGGUGGGCGACGGCCUGUACGGCGUGCCGGGGGCCAACGGCACAUGGACCGGCAUGGUGGGAGAGCUCAUCUCCCGGAAAGCCGACCUGGCCGUGGCUGGACUGACCAUCACUGCAGAGAGGGAGAAGGUCAUCGAUUUCUCCAAGCCCUUCAUGAGCCUGGGCAUCAGCAUCCUGUACAGAGUUCACCUGGCCCGCAGACCUGGGUACUUCUCCUUUCUGGACCCCUUCUCUCCUGGAGUCUGGCUCUUUAUGCUGCUAGCCUACCUGGCAGUCAGCUGUGUUCUCUUCCUGGUGGCCAGGCUGACGCCCUAUGAGUGGUACAAUCCCCACCCUUGUCUGAAGGGGCGCUGUAACCUGGUCAUCAACCAGUACUCUCUGGGGAACAGUUUCUGGUUCCCUGUGGGGGGGUUCAUGCAGCAGGGCUCCGCCAUUGCCCCCCGCGCCCUGUCCACACGCUGCAUCAGCGGGGUCUGGUGGGCCUUCACCCUCAUCAUCAUCUCCUCCUACACGGCCAACCUGGCAGCCUUCCUGACGGUGCAGAGGAUGGAGGUGCCCAUCGAGUCCGUGGACGACCUGGCCGACCAGACAGCCAUCGAGUACGGCACCAUGCACGGGGGCUCCACCAUGACCUUCUUCCAGAACUCGCGGUACCAGACGUACCAGCGCAUGUGGAACUUCAUGCACUCCAAGCAGCCCAGCGUGUUUGUGAAGAGCACGGAGGAGGGCAUCGCCCGCGUGCUCAACUCCAACUACGCCUACCUGCUGGAGAGCACCAUGAACGAGUACUACCGCCAGCGCAACUGCAACCUCACCCAGAUCGGCGGCCUGCUGGACACCAAGGGCUACGGCAUCGGCAUGCCGCUGGGGUCGGUUUACCGGGACGAAUUUGACCUGGCCAUCCUCAAACUUCAGGAAGAAAACCGCUUGGAAAUCCUGAAGAGGAAGUGGUGGGAGGGGGGCAAAUGCCCAAAAGAGGAGGACCACCGAGCCAAAGGUCUGGGGAUGGAGAACAUUGGCGGGAUCUUUGUGGUUCUGGUGUGCGGCCUGCUGGUGGCCAUCUUCAUGGCGGUGCUGGAGUUCGCCUGGAUGCUGCGGCAGACGCCUGGGACAGAGCAGUCAGUCUGUGAGGAGAUGCUGCAGGAGCUGCGCGGGAUCAUGCUGUGCCGGGACAGCCUGCAGCUGCGGCGCAGGAGAGGGGUGGGGCUCCUGCGGGCGCGGCCCCUGCUGCUGGAGGACCGGCGAGCCCGGGCGGCGGCCGCCGGCCUCAGCAACGGCAUGGUGUGCGGGGCCUCGCCCGUCCCCGAGCCCCUGUCCCACAGACUGGCCCAGGAGGCGGCCCUGGUGGCCCGGGGCUGCACCCACAUCCGCAUCUGCCCCGAGUGCCGCCGCUUCCAGGGGCUACGGGCGCGGCCGGCGGGGGCCGGCGGCGCCUCCCCCGUCCACAGCGAGGGCAGCAUAGAGUGGGAGAAGGCCACCAACAGCAGCGAACCCGAAUAACCCCCAGCCCCACCCCACCCCUCCUACCUGCCCAUCGGACGUUUCCUCUUGGGGUGAGGUGAGGUUCAGACAUACCCGCAAGGGCCGCUUCGGGCCCCUGGAGACUCGGCAGUGACUCCGUGGUGUCUGGGACUCUUUUGGGUGCAGGGGUUUAGGUGUGGACACACUGCCUGCUGGUGAGAGGGGAAUCUCAGCUGACUGAGGCAGCCCCUCUCCCCCCUCCUCCUGGAGCUCUACACUAGGCUCACUCUGGGGACUGGACUGCACAGGUGCAGCGAACUAUGCAGAAAUCUUAUUGCUUUGUCGAUAUUCCUUUUAUAAAUUAUUUUUUAUCAUGUUUUGUUGUUAUUGUCACUUACUGUUGUGGUUAUAAGAAUCGAUAUCAUAAACUAAUUUCUUUUUAAAAGAAGUGCACUAGGAGAUACUUUCCCUUGGAGAAUUUCUGACAGUAAACAGAAGGGGAAAUUAUGUGCAUCUCAAAUCAAUCCUUCAGUGGAACACAUUUUAAAAGGUGCCAAGAUAAACUGUGCCAACCGACAGUGAACAGAACAUUAAAAACAUGCACAAAAAAAAUGUCCCCCUUUGUUUAAUUAAGGUUUUCUUUUUUGGAAAAGGUCUUAACACUUUAUCUGAAAGACAGCACUAUUCCAUGUCAGAAGUCACAGGGGUAGAAAAAGAACUUUAAUGGUUCUCUUGUUGUCCAGCAACACAGAGCUCUUCUCCCAUUAGGAGCUGUCCCACCUGAAGUUGCAGCCUCUGUAUCAGUGUUCUGCACAGCACAAAUUCAAUCUGAUCGCAACUUGCAAUUCCUCACUUCCUGGAUACCAUCUACAAUACACUGAUAGAUGUAGGAACUGUUUGGUUUGGUUUUGUUUCUUUUGAAAUGAUUUGCAUUGUUAUAUCACAGAUUCUCAAUAGUAACCAGAUGGUGACCUCCUGCAUAUCCUUACAUCCUCUGUACUUCCUCACUCUUGGAGGUUCCAGCACAGAUUUUAUAUAGAUCAGAUAUUUAGUAUUCCUACCUAAUAACGGUAUGCCUCCCUACCACUGAAGCCAAAACAUUUUCAUUUGACACAGCCUUUGAAUACUCGUGGAGAGGCACAACCAAGCACAAUACUGUUCCAAUGGAUGUUCUGCACUGUAAUGUAGCAUCAGAAACUUGUGUUGCAAAAUGGUACCUCCUGUUGUUGAGCAAAGGGUGGAAGGAAUGCAUGACCUGACCAUCUGGUGAGUCUAAAGAAUCUGUGGUUCCAGAUAAGUUUCCAGUGUUAAACCACAAAUUUAUGAAUAUUCUUAAAGGGACGCCCAAGGACAGAACAUCCAGUGGCGACUGUUUUGUCCUUGGCCAUGCCCAUAGAUGAAUAUUCAUAAGAUGCAGCAGCUUCUUCCAUUACUCGACUGUAGAGAACUCAACUGCCUUAGAAGUUUCUGAUUUAAGAAAUUAUUUGGCCAAAUGGAAUCUAUUUGGCUGCUUCCAAUGACAAACUCUUGCAAGCACGAGUUACAAGACCUUUUAUCGCACUGCCACCGCACCCCUUUCAAUUUGAUGACUAAGAACGUGGUCAGAUAAAUGCGUGAAAGUUGUCGGUAGACACAGAGCUACCAUAGCAUUUCUUACGUUUGAAAACAAGAACCUUUUCUGCCCAUUUUAGCUGAAGCACCGUAUUAUCAGUGUGACAUCGGUCAGUUCGGGAGAACGCAGAUAAUCACACUCUGCGUCAAAGAGUGUGCUGCCACGUGCCAUGUUUUUAAGCUAGUUUUUGUACUCACCGCACAACUUGCACAAGCACACUGUAGUAUCUCUUGUGCAGUCAGAUGGGAAGAAACCCCUGCUUUGCCUGGCCUAUGGCAAUAACGUGACCCUGUGAGGGUGCUGGCUUAGCCUGGCUACCGUUGCCAGUGGCAGUUAGGACUCCAUUUCAGCCCAUCUCCACACUAAAACCCAGGGGGUUUUUUUAGCACGAUAAGCCAACCAGCAGCUCCAGCUUUGUAAGAAGCUUUUUUUUUUUUUAAACUGCAUUUGUGAAUUUCACGAAAAGGUACGGCGAACGCGUACAGACACGCCGAGAAUCCCUGACCGUCGAGUUCUGCAGCGAUCAGCGUCUCUUCAUCGACACUGACAGGACGGACGCUCUCACGCAGAGCGACUUGCAUAGAUUACAUUUUUCCUCUUAAAAGCUACAUGUUUUACUGGUGCAAUUCAACUAAAGCAGCUUGCUCAGGAGAACGACCACAGCACCCCAGCUGGGAAUUGAACCUUCAUCCUUACUAAGUUACAAGCCCAGUGAAAGUUUCCUCACAGUAACCCAUUGUUAAGGAAAGCGGUAGCAGCACAGGAAGGAAUCAAGGUGACUCUCUGUCAGGGGACACUUCCUGCAUUUCGCUACUGGGGCGGGCACUGCUGACGGUAUGAAACAAGCCUCUGACUUUGCUUCGUCUUUCGCCGAAGCGAAAACAGAAGUAAAUUGGCUUUGCUUGCCUUUGUCCUCCCGCCCCGUGCCUCACUCACAUAUUGAUCGAUCGCCCACGCGCCAGACGGUUUGGGGGGGGCUUCAGCCCGCGGGUGUCAUUCACGCCGGUGUUUAGCGGCGUUCCUGAAACACACCCCCCCUGCGGGGACACGGUCAGGAGGGACACGCCGCGGCUCCGUCUCAGAUACCCUUCCCGAUUGGUCGGCAGGCCGCUAUCUCAGCCAAGUGUCUUUGAUAGCGGGGGAGACAAAGGGUGAGCCAAGGUAACCGAAAUGGGAGUGUGCCACCGCCUUCAUAUUCCUCUGGAUAAAAACGCCAGCAUUUGCCAGCAUUAGGUGGGUGUCACCAAAUUUUGGGUUACAUUUCUGCCCCUGCUCCCCCACCCCUGUCAUUAACAGUCACAAUUGUAU